UGCUGAUGCUCAGCGGCUCACUCAUGGCGUUCGUGUCCGAAUUAACGAACGCAAACCAACUGACACGGCCUUGCACUAUGCCUCAGCUGCGGCUGCAACUCGCCGCCGCCAUCAUCGCCGUCGCCGGCGCCUGCUCCGCCGCCUCCGCCAGCUUCGACCUGAACGAGGCUACCGUCGACGCCAUCCAGCUCGGCUUCAAGAACGGCACCCUCACCUCCAAGCAGCUCGUGCUCUUCUACCUCGACCGUCUCAACCCGCUCCUCCACGGCGUCAUCGAGGUCAACCCGGACGCGCUCGCGCAGGCGGAGCGCGCGGACGCCGAGCGGCGGCGUUCGCCGUUCCGCUGCGGCCACCCGCUGCACGGCGUCCCCGUCCUGCUCAAGGACAACAUCGCGACGCGCGACCGGCUCAACACGACGGCCGGGUCGCUCGCGCUGCUCGGCUCCGUCGCCCGCCGUGACGCCGGCGUGGUGGCCCGCCUCCGCGCCGCCGGCGCCGUCAUCCUCGGCAAGGCCAACCCCACCGAGUGGUCCGCCUUCCGCCCCACCCCCAACGGCUGGAGCGCACGCGGUGGCCAGACGCUGAGCCCGUACGUGCUGUCCACCGACCCGUGCGGGUCGAGCAGCGGGUCGGCGGAGGCGGCGGCGGCGAACAUGGCCGCGGUGACGCUGGGGACGGAGACCGACGGGUCGAUACUCUGCCCGUCGUCGCUGAAUUCGGUGGUCGGGAUUAAGCCGACGGUUGGGCUGACCAGCCGGGCCGGUGUCAUCCCCAUCUCGCCUAGACAAGACACCAUUGGGCCAAUGUGCCGUACAGUGUCAGACGCUGUCCAUGUGCUAGAUGCCAUUGUUGGGUAUGAUGCACUUGAUGCUGAAGCCACUGGAGCAGCAUCCAAGUACAUUCCUAAUGAUGGAUAUGGACAAUUCUUAAGGAUGGAUGGAUUGAAGGGCAAGAGGAUUGGUAUUCCCAAUGGCUUUUUCACUGAAGAAAUAUAUGGGAAGAAACAGCUAAGGGUAUACCAAAAACAUAUUGCAUUAAUAAGGAAACAUGGAGCCAUGGUGAUAGAGAAUAUUGGCAUUGCAAAAAAUCUGACUGAAGUACAGAAUGUUCUUUUCUCCAAUGAGCAUACUGCAAUGUUAGCAGAGUUCAAGCAAAGCUUGAAUGCUUAUUUGUCAGACUUGCUGUAUUCCCCAGUUGGUUCCCUUGCGGAUAUCAUAGCAUUCAACAAAGCACAUCCUGUGGAGGAAAGGCUUAAAGAUUUUGGACGGCCCUAUUUUAUUGAAGCUGAAAACACCAAUGGCAUUGGGCCUGUAGCGAAAGCUGCAAUCCAGCUUCUCAACAAGCUGUCUGAUGAUGGGUUGGAGGAGCUGAUGAAGAAAAACCAGUUGGAUGCGAUUGUCACGCCCAACAAUGAUGGGAGAGUCUUCUUCGCCAUUGGCGGCAUGCCAGCGAUCACCGUGCCAGCUGGGUAUGAUGAUCAGGGAGUGCCAUUUGGUAUCUGUUUCGGUGGAUUGAAGGGCUAUGAGCCGAGGCUGAUUGAAAUGGCCUAUGCUUUUGAGCAAGCUACCAAAGUUCGAAGGAUGCCAAGUUUCAAGCACUAGUGUAUGAGCAUUGGAUUUCGAUCACUGCCAAAAUAAAUUAAUGAAACUAGAAGCACUAUUAACAUAACAACAGAGUCUGCCAAUUUUUUGAAAAAAAAAUAGGUCUUAUGUUAAACUGAAAAAAAAUUAACAAUAAUAGUGUUUCGGUUGAUGUAUAUAUACUGUUAUAAUGCAGAAUGGAGGGCAAAAACGCAAAUGAUGAAAUAUAUAUGGAUAAAAAUAAAAUACCCGAGAAAGGGUAA